AUGAGCGCGGUCCACCCGGCGUUCCCAAACGACAUGAGUGGCAAUGGGAGUUUGCCGCCACGGCGAUCGAGUGACGGUAGCGGGUCGCAGGUAAAGGUCCGCGAGCGCCGGAUGAGCACGGUCCAAGUGGUCAAGAUGGGCAAGAGCAGUCGCAACGUGGUCGCAAACAUGCCGAUGAUGCUGCCCGAAGCAGCUGCGAUGAGUUCGGACAUCACAGAGGAGGUCCGCAGCACGGCGCCCAACAUGGGUCGCGACGUGAUUGCGAUCUCGACGACGGCGACGCCGAUGCAAGUCAGCAUGAGUCCGCAAGAAGAAAUGAUGAAUCACGCGCACUUGGAAAAAGCGUUGAAAAACAAAGGCGACAACACCAUUCGAGACUCGGACACGGUCAAACUGGAUGUCAAGCAGUGGAUCGCGGAGAAGCACUACAUCAUGCACCCCCACGGCCGCAUGCGCCUGCGAUGGGAUGUGACGUGCAUCGUCCUGAUCUUUUACAAUGCGUUUGUGAUUCCGUACCAAGUCUCGUUUGAAAAGACGGCCGCCGACAGUGCUUGGAGCGUCAUGGUCGACUACAGCAUCGACACGUUCUUUGGCAUCGACAUCGUCACCAACUUCUUCACGGGCGCCGACAUCAAAGGCAAAGUGUACUUUGACGUGAAAACCAUCGCCCAGCGCUACGUGAGCUCGUGGUACGGCCAUCGCGUCGUCGGGUGGUCGGCUAAGCAAACCGACAGGUUCGUCGUCGACUUUGUGUCGACGUUUCCGUUUACCCAAGUGCUGGCGGGCGAAGACGAGCAACUCGGCAAAGUCCUUCGGCUCUUCCGGCUCGUGCGCCUGCUUCGGCUCUUCCGCAUGAUCCGCAUCCUGAAUCGGCUUCAGCACGCGCUCUUGAUCCGGUCGACCAUCAGCAGCCUCUUUCGCUACUGCCUCACCGUCGUGUUCAUCUCGCACUGGUUUGCAUGUUUCUUCUUUUGGGUGUCGUACCAGGACUCGAUGUCGACCGACCCGGCCGUGAACACGUGGCUCAAGGAAAAGGGCCUUUUCGCGGCGCCCAUCGCCGAUCAAUACGUUACGGCGCUGUACUGGGCGAUCACGACGUUAGCCACGGUGGGGUACGGCGAUGUGUCGGCCAUUAGCACAAACGAACGCCUCUUUGCCAUCUUUGCCAUGUUUGCUGGCGCGGGCAUUUUUGCCUACGGCAUCACAAACAUCGUUGCGCUCGUGUCGAGCUUGACGGCCCAUGAAACCGCGUUUCGAGAAAAGAUGGACGAGAUCAACGAGUACAUGGCGGCGCGGGACCUGCCGCGGCAACUGCGCAUCGAGAUCCGCGACUUUUUCCAGAACGCGCGCAAGUCCAAGGAAAACGACAUGCUGCAAGAACAGGAUCUCCUCAACGACCUCUCGGCGAUGCUCCGGUCCAAGAUUGCGCUCGCCAUCAACGAUCACUUUUUGUGGAAGUUUCCGUUUUUCAAGGGCAGCGACCCCAACUUUAUCAUGGACCUCGCGCUCAGCAUGCGCAUGAUCUGCUUUGCCCCGUUCGAAGACGUGUGCGUCGAGGGCGAGCUCGGACACGAGAUGUUUUUCAUCUUUCGUGGCGCGGUCGAAGUCCUCAAGGACGGCGUCCAGGUGACCGUGCUCGGCGAAAACCAAUACUUUGGGGAGAUGGCGAUUCUAAACAACGACUGCAAGCGCAUGGCGACGGUGCGGACGCUGUGCUUUUGCGAGCUGCGCAUGCUGUCGCGGGUUCGUUUCCUCGAAGCGCUCGUCCACUUUCCCAAGAUGAUGCAAAAGCUCGCCAACUACUCGAAAGCGCGGGCGCAAGCCAAGAACCCUGGGGCGAACCAGUUUGCCCGCCGCGAAAGCAAUGACGACGACUCGCGCGCUGCGGGCGGCCGAAAGCUCUCCAAGCUCAAGAAUCCGUCGUAUCGCCUGAAUUGGAAGAGUGCCGUCGACAAGGACCAUGAGGUGCUGACGACGCACCCACCGAGCUCUCACGACUACGGACGGUAG